GUCGGUUUUAGUGAGUGUCGACUCCUUCUGCCCCAUCCGAGCAGGAAAGGGCCUUUCUUCGCCUCCUUUUAUUUGGUAGUCAGUUUUCCUUCUCCCACCCCUAGUUGGGUGUAUAUAUCUCUUUCUAAUUGUUUUAUGGCAGAUCCGAUGGUCUAUUUAGGGUUUUAUUUUUUUAUUAUUUCUUUGGAUUGUUUUUUUUUUUUUUUUUGGCUUUAUGCAAAUUUUCUAACUGUGGCUACUCACAAAUUGUCUCCAUUAGCAAUGGUUAGUGGUGGUUGCUUACAGAGAUGAUUCUCAAAAAGUGCGUUAGAGACAUUUAAGAGCAUGACUUUCUCACUGUCUUCCUUGCUUUCAAAUCUGUCGAAAACCUACCUGGCCUGGGUUGAGCCUAGUUCUUCAUGCUUCUCUCUUCUACUCAUAUCGGUGGUUGGUGAUUUUCUAAUAGUUUUUCUUCCUUUAUCCGACGAUCUCCAGCAUUUUUUUCCCAUGGUUCCUCAGUAUGUCUCUUUUGCCUUCUGUAGUAUGGAGUUUCUUUGGAUGUUGGUGCCCCUGGCUUUGCCUCCACCUUCAAAGAUUCAACUAAAACUAAGACCAUACCUUGAUGAUCGGACUGAAGGCUGAGCGAAUCUUCGGUUCCUUGUACGCUGGUUGGUCCUUUAUCAGCGACCAUCGCUGAUGUUUACAUAUCGCAGAUGAUUAUUUUUUAUAAGGUGGAAACCUUAUAAGGUUUGCAACUUGUCUAGUAUUGCUUGUUCAUUUGCUUUGCAACUUUGCAGAUAAAAAGUUGGAAACCUUAUAUUAAUUAUUUUAAAAUUAAUAAAAUUUUAUUUUUUAACAUUAUAUUAGAGUCUUAAUAAAUAAGUAAUUAUAAUUUAAAACAGAUAAAAAGGAAAUUAAAAAUAAAUAUUUAAACAUAGAAAAAAAAUAAUUUAUAAAUCUUUCAAGCCGUGAAGCGGCCAAAAGUUGGAAGAUAAUGUCUUUCUUUAUCAGUUAAUAGUCAAAUAGUCAAACGAAACACAAGAUCCGAUCUUCCGGAGCUUCUCGCAUCUAGCGAACCGUCUUCCAUGAAAGCACCUUUCUUUUUCUUUUCACUUCACUUUCAGUCCCUUUCGCAACUCGCAAUCUAUCUCGUGCAUCCUCCACGUUUCACUGCGAGAUUUGCACAUUCUCUCCCUGCUCAGUUCUCAAGUCCCACACCUCUUCCUCCUCCAUCCACCGCGUUAUGUGGCCACUGCUGCAAGUCUCUUCCUUUUCUUCUUUUAUUCCAUUCUGAUCAAGCUCUUUGCUGUUCCUUUUGAAUCUCUUCACCUGCUGCUCCUGUAAUGGCCAGGUCUCUGGUUGUGCCGGCACCAUCCAAGCACUCUUCUUUGUUCCCAAAUUUCCCUACAGAUUCCCAUUUUAUUCAAUCCCGAACCCUUCCCUUUGCUGCUCUUCGCAAUUCUUCUAAUUGUUACACUCGCUGUUCUCUAACUUCGCUUCAUCGCCGCCUAGCUCCUGUUGCUGCUUUAGAAUCCGACGUUCCGCACCCUUUGCACCAGGGAUCAGCGAAUGUGAAACGCAGUAAGACCUUUGAACAAUGGGAUUCCUGGACGGCGAAAUUUUCUGGAGCAGCAAAUAUUCCAUUUUUGUUGCUUCAAAUGCCUCAGAUCAUCCUCAAUGCUCAAAAUCUAAUGGCUGGAAAUAAAACUGCCCUAUUGGCUGUACCGUGGCUGGGGAUGCUUACUGGGUUGCUUGGAAAUCUUUCAUUACUUUCCUACUUUGUGAAAAAGAAGGAAACUGAGGUAAUCGUCGUGCAAACGCUGGGAGUUAUUUCCAUUUUUAUUGUUAUCACUCAGCUUGCAAUGGCAGAGGCUAUGCCCCUGCCUCACUUUGUCGCUACUUCAGUGGUUGUGGCAAUUGGGCUGGUGUUUAAUUUCUUCAAUUACCUUGGAAAGCUUGACCCUGGAAUAUGGCGUUUUUGGGAAGAUUUUAUAACUGUGGGUGGACUCUCAGCUCUUCCACAGGCACGAACAGGUAGUUUGUCAGAGAAAGGUGUCAAAUUUGUUGGAGGAUUAUCUGGAUGGACGGCAACUCUUCUAUUCAUGUGGAUGCCAGUUUCACAAAUGUGGACAAAUUUCCUGAAUCCUGAGAACAUCAAAGGCUUAUCAGCCUUCUCAAUGCUGCUUGCUAUGAUUGGAAAUGGACUUAUGAUCCCACGUGCUAUCUUCAUACGCGAUUUGAUGUGGUUCACUGGGUCAGCCUGGGCUACGCUCUUUUAUGGGUAUGGGAAUAUUGUAUGCAUGUACUGUUUGAAGACUAUUAGCAGGGAAUUCUUUCUUGCAGCAACAGCUGGUUUGGUUUCAUGGAUAGGAAUGACGCUGUGGAGAGACUCUGCAGUGUACGGAUACAGCUCACCUCUGACAUCCUUGAAAGAGUUGGCUUUUGGCUCAACUUGAAGUUCAGUAGGAUGGUGCCAUGAAAAAGGAACCAGAUCCCAGAGAUCUUAGUUCUGGACAUUCAUCCUUGAUCCAAAUUGCCAUUGCUUGAAAGCUGCUGCCGAAGUUUUCCAGCCGUGGAAGUUUUAAUCGGAGAGCAAGAUUGUAUAGAGAUCACUUGAUGCACGUCCACUGGACAUUGCUAGUCAGAGUUUUGAAAGACACGUUGAAGUUAUGGAUAAAGCUGAAUAAUUACAGAAGCAAUGAUUAGUUUUUCAUGUAAUAAAAUGACCAACAGAUGGGAACAGUAUUUUUCUUAUGUUUUGAAGAACAAUUAAAAUACCGUUGUAUUUUAUAUAACCAAAUCUUUUUAUUGUUCUAUUAAAUAAAACGAAGAUAAAGUUAUACUAGCUUUGAA